AUGAGCUCUCGAGUGGUAGUGACUGACGCGAUCCUAGACGGCGACCGAGAUGAGGCGGAACUAGCGAGGAUGGGUUACAAGCAGGAGCUUAGACGGGACUUCGGACUGCUGCAGAACUUCGGAGUGUCCUUCUCAAUCAUCAGUAUCAUCACUGGUGUAAGCUCGACGUUUGCGUAUGGUCUGAGUACGGGAGGACCUGUGGUCAUGGUAUGGGGAUGGGCAGUCGUCGGUACGCCCUCUAUCACACUGCAUGCACAUCCUACGAGCGGAGGUCCAUACUUCUGGGCGGCCAUGCUCUGCAAACCAGAACACGCCGCGUUUGCAUCCUGGAUCACGGGAUGGUUCAACUUCCUGGGCCAAGUCGCCGUCACCACCAGCAUCAAUUUUGGCUGUGCGACCUUCAUAUCCACCCUCGCCACCUUCAACACUACCUUCGUUCCCGAUGCCAAAACCACCAUCGGGAUCUACGCUGCCGUAGUGAUCGCAGAGGGUCUCAUCAACACUUUCGGCGUGCACCUCCUGCGAUAUCUGAACAACGUCUCCAUAUGGUGGCAUGCCAUCGGCACCUUCGCGAUCAUCAUUGCGGUGCUCGCGGCGGCGCCGACACACCAGACGGCGCAAUUCGUGUUCCAGACGUUUGUUGAUGGGACGGGCGUAGAUGGGGUAGGGUGGAGCGUGAGGGCAAGCCCGGGGUAUGUAGUGGUUGUUGGGAUAUUGAUGGCGCAAUAUUCGCUUUCGGGCUUCGACGCGAGCGCGCAUAUGAGCGAGGAGACUCGCAACGCAGCCACGGCUGGACCCAUAGGCAUCGUCACGUCUAUCGGUGUCUCCGCCGUCCUCGGAUGGUGCCUCAUGAUUUCUCUGCUCUUCUCCAUUCAAGACCUCGAGAGCACGGUCAGCUCAGCGACAGGCGAACCCAUUGCGCAGAUUUUCCUCGACACAGUACACGAGAAGGGUGCCAUAGUUCUCAUGGUCAUCGUCAUCGGCGCGAUGUUCUGGUGCGGGACGUUUUCAAUCACGUCCAACAGCCGGAUGAUGUACGCGUUCGCGAGAGACGGCGGCAUCCCGGGGCACAAGUUCUUCCAGAAGGUGAACGCGAAAUGGAAGUCACCCGUCCGCACAGUCUGGCUCGCCUGCACGCUCAGCUUCAUCCUGGGCCUGCCGAGCCUCGGAAGCUCCGUCGCCUUCUCCGCCGUGACAAGCAUCUCCACCAUUGGGCUGUACACCUCGUACGGCAUCCCCAUCGCCCUGCGCGUCAUCUACGCCUCGCAAUUCGUCCGCGGCCCUUUCCACCUCGGCGCGCUCUCGUUCCCCGUCGCUACUACGGCGGUCGUGUGGAUCUGCUUCAUCACGAUCGCGUUCGUCUUGCCGGAGGAGAACCCCGUCGACUCGCAGACGCUGAACUACGCGGUGGUCGCGGUGGGGAUUGUGAUGACGUAUAGCCUGGGGUUCUGGCUGCUGAGCGCACGGAAGUGGUUCACGGGCCCGGUGCAGCAGAUUGCUGCUGAGGGGAUGGGCGUGGAUGUGUUGGAUCCGGCGGCGGUUGUUGUGGUGAAUCAUUCGGACAAGGACAGCGACGAGAAGAAGUCCGUAUGA